UUCCCUUACACGGUCCAAGUUGUGGAGAUUUAAGAUAACCGUGUCGGCAUCUUGAAGGCCAAAUUGUCAAUGUUCUUCCCUCCUUUGCAAUCUUCUCGUAAUUACCAAUUCCAAGUGAUCAGUUGGAAUUCAAUUGCUCUCUCUCUCUCUCUGCAAAUUAAAGUUCGAGUAGUUCGUUGUCCCAGAUGCGAGAAUCUCUUGCCUGAACCUUCUGGACUUCCUGUUUAUCAGUGUGGUGGUUGUGGUACUGUUCUUAGAGCAAAGAGCAAAGUUCUCCUUAAUGAGAAAAGGGAUUUUGGGAGCAGUAAGAAAUAUGAGUAUUUAUCAGAACAAGGAGGUAGCAGCUUAGGUGGUGUUUCUGACUCUGAGUGGGACAGUCCAAGCAUGGAGCCAACUGUAAAAGAGAGAGUCUUGAGGUCCAGAAGGACUGUCUUUAGCAACAGUCCAAUUAGAACAAAUGAUAGAGAGGAUAUAGAUGACUAUGAGAGGAAAAUUGGGAAGGAAACUAAGGGAGUUUGGCCUAUGCAGAGGCUUGGUGAUAAAGAAGUCGGUUUGGUUGAAGAAACCCACAGUCAAUUUUCAGAACAACGUAUUGAGAAUUGGGUUCGUCGAUAUAAUAUUGAACAAGACGUGAAUAUUUAUGAUUCUGAUUCUCCAAGUACAGCACCUUAUCGUAAUCCUCUUGGGGCAGCAAGAACCCGAGCUACUUUUGAGCAUCAUAGAGUUGAAAGAGAUGCAUUCGCAGGGUACUCUGGAAACUCUAUGGCUGUUGCUCAUGGAAAAGGAGCUCCGAAUUUCCGCGAUCCUCGGGACAGACCUUCUAGUUCUAACUUAGAUUUGUUCUAUGGCCAUCCCGAGCAUAAUCGGAACUAUGAAGGUCCUAUAGAAGGCUUAGACCCAAAUCGAGCUGAACUCCUAAGAAGGUUGGAUGAGUUAAAAGACCAAAUUAUUAAGUCCUGCGAUGUGGGAGAUAGACCAAGAGUUGUUGCUGAUAGAGCUUCAGUCGAUCCAUACUAUGCCCGAUCUACUUACAAUAUCCCAAUGCGAUAUUCGACAAAGAGCCCACAGCACAUCCACAGCCCUCAGUACUUUGAUCGGGGCAAUGGAACCUUUCCAGCAUCAGGUCAUCAUCAAAGAAAUGAUGAGGAUUUUUUACAUCCUCCGAGGCAUGUUGUAAAAGAUAUACCAUUAUACGAGGAUCAGUUUCAGGAGCAAAUGAUAAGGAAGCCAAACUAUCCGCCAACUCAUCAGUAUCCUCCACGUCUUCCUCGUGAAUGCUAUCCAGAAAGCUUCAUGGAUCUAAAACAAGAUCCUCUUUCUCCAUCACAUGGUGAAGAUGCUUUCUUUCACCAUCCUGCCUGCUCUUGUUCACAAUGCAGCAAAAGAAACAAGCAAGGCCCUCCUCUUCAAGCACCAAACUCUGCCAUAAGCAAUGUAAGUAAUCCAAAAGAGCCAAUCAAAUCUAGCACGUAUGAUAAUGAGAAUCCUGUUACAGUUGGACUCAAUGCUUCCAAUCUAACGCAUGCUGGUCGUUAUCCAUCUCAAGAUACACUUCCACACUCUAGACAACCUAGUGAGCUUGAUUCAGAGAUUGAUGGUUUUGGUCUGGUUCAACCAAGAGUGGCUGCAGUUUUGCAGAGAAAUGGAAAAUCUUGUGAUGCCAUCGCCGGCGGUGCUCCAUUCAUUGUAUGCACUAGUUGCUUGGAAUUGCUAAAACUGCCAAGAAAACUUUACAAGUUAGAGAUGGAUUGGCAGAAACUACAGUGUGGUGCUUGUUCGGUUGUCAUUAUUGUAAAAGUAGAAAACAGAAAGCUUGUUGUUAGCGUUUCAGCAGAAACCAAGCCUGAAGAAGUUUCUCCUGAUGAUGGUUCCCCCAAAAGAGUUGUCGAUGCUACCAGCUCUUUAGAAAGUUCUGAUAAUUCUAGUCACAAAGUAAUCAGUACUGACCAUGACAAGUCCUCUGACGACCGGGAUUCAAAUCGCGGCGAGUUUAAAACACUGGAGCUAACUUCAUCUCUCAUUUCUUCUGAAGAAAAAGAGACCUCGAUUGUAAAUUGUGAUUUGAAAAAUGUCUCCGACUCUGCUGACCUGCCUUCAAAAGAUACAUCAUCUGUAACGAGUUCCACGGAGAAUUCUGAUAACCCUUCUGAUAAUGAACCUAGCAAAUACAAAGAGGGAAGUGAAAAUAAGCAGAACAUUUUGGUAGAUGAUGUCACUGAACCAAAUGAGUUAGACGUCUCAUUUGAAGAUUAUUCAAACAGUCACGUUUCUCAAGAUUCUGUGGAAAUAAACAAAGAAGAAAAAGGAGAAGAAGAUCAAAGCAAGAUCAAAAGCAAUCAAGAAUCUGAAUCCUUCUUUGUGGGUCUCAGUAGGAACAACUUAAGAGAUUUUUCAAGAUCAAGUGAAAUUACGGAUAAUGGAAGGCCUACUGUUUCGGUUAAUGGCCAGCAUUUACCAGCUUAUGUAGUUAAAAAGGCUGAAAAGAAAGCUGGGCCUAUUCUUCCUGGAGAUUAUUGGUAUGAUUACCAAGCUGGAUUCUGGGGUGUAAUGGGCCAUCCAUGUCUUGGUAUUAUUCCUCCAUUUAUUGACGAGUUCACCUAUCCAAUGUCGAGGAACUGUGCUGCCGGAAACACUGGAAUCUUUGUCAAUGGGAGAGAACUUCAUAAAAGGGAUUUGGAGUUGCUUUCUAGCAGAGGGUUGCCUACUACUGCAAAUAAAUUGUAUAGAAUCGACAUUUCGGGAAGAGUUGUUGAUGAAGAUUCUGGAAAAGAGUUAUUUAACCUGGGAAAACUCGCCCCAACCAUUGAGAAGGUAAAACAUGGGUUUGGCAUGAAAGUACCAAGAACACUCAAGUGAUACACACAAGGAUUUAAGUUUUGGAAAUCUUCCUUCAGAUUGGCAGCUUCCAUUUCUUGUAAAAUUAGCCGAUGCAGCAAUCGACCCUUGUACAUUAAAUCAGUGGUUGAUGGCUUACACCUAUAUACCUUUUGCCUUCUGAAACUCAAAAUCAUUUGCUUUAGAUUCUUUCUGAAUUGUGAGAUUGUUAUUAGUAUAUAUAAACUUGAAAUUUGUAAGAGGGCCAUAUUUUUCUAUAUUUUUUUAUUGUUGGGGGGGGGGGGGAGGAAUUCAGAAAAAGUGAUCCGAAGAAUCUUGUGAAGUUGCUUCAAGGAACCAGAUUAAUGUAGUUGUUAGAAUAAUUUUGGAUAGAUGUUUCUGUUCAAGAAAAUUUCUAGUACUACGAGAGUACUAUUCUCUCUUUGUUCACGUCAUAAAUUUAUUUUCAUAAAUAUUAGCGGAUCCUAUAUUAAUAUCAGUAGACUCCACCUUAUUAAGGUCUACUUUAUUUUUAAAAUCAUGUUGAUGUGACUUAGAAGAAAUGGAUGGAGCCCAUAUUAUUGGAAAA